AUGACACUUGGUCUACGUGAUGAGGCCUACAUAUCAAAUUAUCAGAAAAAAUAUUUGAAGGCCAAUUUUACGGGGUUCAAUGACAUAGUUGCACAUACCACACUCGCCCAAAAGAAUAACGAACUAGUUAUACUAUUGGAUGAAUUAUCUCUGGAUUUAGAAAGCUUUAAUCAAUCUUCGGAUUGCUUUAGUGCAACGAAAAUCAACAGAGAGUAA